ACCUUCUUACGUGAUGUACCAUCCUCUCGCACCACUUUUAAUCAAAUCGCCAACAAGGAUGUCUAUACUUGGAAUUCGAUCGUGUCUGCAUUGGUUCGGAGUGGACAUUACCGAGAAGCUGUGGAUUGUUUCUACCAAUUUUUACUUACAUCGGGUCUUCAUCCUGAUUUUUACACUUUUCCUCCCGUGUUGAAAGCUUGUAGAAAUCUAUUUGACGGGAGGAAGAUACAUUGUUUGGCUUUAAAGCUUGGUCUUGAGUGGGAUGUCUUUGUAGCUGCUUCUUUAAUCCAUAUGUAUUCUCGUUUUGGUAUAAUGAUUGCUGCACGCCAAUUGUUCGAUGAUAUGCCCAGCCGAGACAGGGGUUCCUGGAAUGCCAUGAUUUCUGGAUAUUGUCAAAAUGGAAAUGCGGUAGAGGCAUUGAAUCUCUUGGAUGAGAUGAAAUUGGAUGGAAAUAGAAUGGAUUCAGUUACUGUCACAAGUAUUCUUUCAAUUUGUGCACAAUUGGAUGAUAUCUUAAGUGGGUUGUUGAUUCACUUGCAUGUUAUUAAGCAUGGGUUGGAAUUUGAAUUGUUUGUUUCCAAUGCUUUAAUUAACAUGUAUGCGAAAUUUGGUAAACUUGGGCUAGCGCAAAGGGUUUUUUAUCAAAUGGUGGUAAGAGAUUUAGUUUCAUGGAACUCGAUAAUUGCUUCAUAUGAGCAAAAUGAAGAUCCAACUGCCGCGUAUAAGUUAUACAAAAAAAUGCAAGAAAGUGGAGUUCAGCCCGAUUUGUUGACACUAGUGAGUUUGACUUCUAUUGUUUCUCAGUUGAAUGAUUGUCGGAGUGGUAAAUCUGUUCAUGGAUUUGUCCUGCGAAAAGCUUGCCUCUUGGAAGAUGUUGUGAUUGGGAAUGCAAUUGUGGACAUGUAUGCCAAAUUGGGUGCCACAGAUUCUGCACGUGCAGUUUUCGAUGGACUCCCUGUUAAAGAUGUGAUUUCAUGGAACACUAUGAUAACAGGCUAUGCCCAAAAUGGCUUUGCUAGUGAGGCAAUUGAAGUACAUCGUUCUAUGAGAGAAUGUGAAGAGAUAAUUCCAAAUCAGGGGACUUGGGUAAGCAUACUACCAGCUUAUUCCCAUGUAGGAGCCUUGCAACAAGGGAUGAGAAUUCAUGGGUGCGUUAUCAAGAGCUGUCUUGACUUUGAUGUCUUCAUUGGCACAUGCCUUAUUGACUUCUAUGGGAAAUGUGGGAGACUAGACGAUGCAAUGUUUAUGUUCUGCCAAGUGCCCAAAAAGAAUUCAGUUCCUUGGAAUGCCAUUAUUUCCUGUCAUGGAAUUCAUGGGCAUGGUGAGAAAGUUUUGGAACUAUUUAAAGAUAUGCUAAAUGAGCAGGUGAAACCAGAUCAUGUCACCUUUGUAUCCAUAUUAGCAGCUUGUAGCCAUUCAGGGUUGGUUAAUGAGGGUCAAUUGUACUUCCAUAUGAUGCAGGAAGAGUAUGGAAUUAAACCUAGCUUGAGACAUUAUGGCUGUAUGGUGGAUUUAUAUGGUAGAGCUGGGCUUUUGGAUAUGGCAAAUAAUUUGAUUAGAAAUAUGCCUGUAAGGCCUGAUGCUUCUAUUUGGGGUGCUCUUCUUAGUGCCUGCAGAAUACAUGGAAACAUUGAGUUGGGAACUUAUGCUUCAGAUCGCUUAUUUGAGGUUGAUCCUGAGAAUGUUGGCUACUAUGUUUUGUUGUCAAAUAUGUAUGCGAAUGCUGGAAAAUGGGAGAGAAUGGGUAAAGUUAGGCUGUUGGCUAUGGAAAGAGGAUUGAAGAAAACUCCUGGGUGGAGCUCAAUUGAAGUGAACAACAACGUCAAUGUCUUUUACACUGCAAACCAGACCCAUCCCAAAUGUGAAGAGAUAUACAAGGAGUUGAGAACUUUGACUGAGAAGAUAAAGAGCAUGGGAUAUACUCCGGACUAUAGCUUUGUGUUACAAGAUGUUGAGGAGGAUGAAAAGGAACAUAUCCUCACAAGUCAUUGUGAGAGAUUGGCAAUUGCAUUUGGAAUUAUUAGCACCCCACCUAAAAGUAGUCUUCGUAUCUUCAAGAACUUGCGGGUGUGUGGUGAUUGUCAUAAUGCAACUAAAUUUAUAUCCAAAAUUACUGAGAGGGAAAUCAUUGUGAGGGAUUCUAAUCGUUUUCACCACUUUAAGGAUGGAAUAUGCUCAUGUGGGGAUUAUUGGUGACAUGAUUGAUUUAAUUUUUGUACUCAACUUGGAUGAUGUCCAACAUGUUUUCUUGAUUUCUUGUAUGGAAGAUGCUUCCUAGGAAGCAAGUAAGACAUUAUAUGUCCCAUACACAUUGCUUUUUCACCAAAUAUAGGCUAAACCAGAUUUUUCAGAUCUGAGGUGCAGAACCUUGGGAGCUCAAUUAAGUGAGUGAAGCUUUCAAUUUGAUGAUGUUAGUGUGUGUAACAUAUGUGGUAGGUUGUUGUACCCAUUGUUUAGCUUUCAAGCUCUCAAAUUGCCACAAAGCUCUCAAAUGGCCAAGGCCAAUAUUCUCUGUCUUCUGAAUAUAAAUUGUGCUCAAAGAAUACUUAUAGCCAUUUUGACUUAGGUUAGGGCUCUUAUCGGGUGAAAUAAGGCUCUUACCUAUAGCCUCAUCAAGAGUUAUGAAUUGAUCCGUCAUACCACCCAAGUUUUGAAAUAAACUCUUAUUCCAACAUGGAGGGGAUACCCUCACAUCUUAUAUAUGUGAACCUUUGAUGUGGUGCCUAGUUUCUUAUUAGUUGUUAGUUUAUUUUCAUGUUGUGGUCCACUAGUUGGGACACUUUGUAUUUUAGUGUUUACAUUUUGAAAAUUGUACCUAAUUAUGACUCUUUGUAAAGUUGAACAUAGCCUAGGCUUUGGACUUUGUGGGAGACUCUGGUGUGAGCCAUUCGUAUAUCACUUUGGUUGGAGUAGAGAAAUAGGUAGUUUUUGGAUUAUUAAAUUCUCUAAGCUUUGUGCAUGGUGGGUAAACUUUGAGCUCCCAAGAACAACUCUUGUAAUCUUGUAGUCUUGAUUUUCAAUUGAAUCUCUACCGUUUUGUUUGUA